AUGCCGCCCUCCAACCGCCCCUCGCCGCACGCCGUGACGGAGGACGACGGCGCCGACAGCCCGGCGGCCUCCGGCCUGCGCGCCACCCCGCCUCGCCCCAACAAUCGCUCCUCCCGCGCCAAGUCCAGCAGCCGCCGCCGCUCGCCCAACCCUAACCCUAGGCCGCGCCCGGACUACUACGGCACGGAGCCGUCCCGCAAGAGCGAGCGCAAGCGCAAGCCGCGCUCCUUCCCGGACGCCGCCCUGCUCUCGCGCGCCCUCCUCCCGCGCGCCUCCCCGUCCCGCGCCGCCGGCGCCGGCGGGGGCGGCAACGUCCAGCUCUGGACCGACGCCGACGAGCUCGCGCUGCUCUCUGGCGCGGUCGCCUUCCGGGCGGGCAGCGGCCGGGCGCCGCGCCUCCCGGACACUCCCCACGGGCGACCUGGGUGCCACUUUUUUGCGGGGACUGCUCUUCUUUCUGCAACCGGUAAUACACGAUUAGUAGAGAUAAUUUACAAGCUUGAUGUCUGA